AACAUAGAUAUAUCCAAAGAUACAACAGAAAAUCAUGCUAAACCUUCAAACAACUAUGUUCCUGAAGUAGAAAAAAGCAGAGGCUUAUCGGACUGUAAAUGUUCAAUAUCAAUAUAUAAAGAAAGAUCUUAUUCUGGUGUUUUUCAACCUGAAUUACUUAGUCUACUCAAACCUUCGUUCCUUUAUGGUUCUCCAGAAUCAUUAUCUAGACUAUCUGAAUUUUUAAGAAGCAGUGUUUAUCAGAAUUCUUUAUCUUGUCAUGUGAAAAUCUUCCUUUAG